AUGGAGUCAAAACGUAUUAUCGUCGUGGGAGCAACAGGCAAACAAGGAGGCGCUCUGAUUAGAGCUCUUUCAUCCCCGACCGCCCCCGCAUUUCAUGUCUAUGCUCUUACCCGCAAUGCAUCCUCCGCAGCUGCUCAACGGCUUCGAUCCAAGCCGAACGUAUCUGUCAUUGAAGGAGAUGUCAACAAACCAUCCACUAUAUUCGCAGCCAUACCCGGUCCUGUAUAUGGUGUUUUUUGCGUCACGAGCCCGGAUCCGUUUAAACCUGGAUCUUUUGAAGAAGAUCAGGCUAUACCUCUCAUCGACGCCUCGAUUCAACACGGUGUGCAUCACUUCAUUUUCUCAUCAGCCGACCGUGGUGGUCCAGGUGUCUCAGAGCAUACCCCGACCCAAGUCCCACAUUUUGCGACGAAGCUACGGAUUGAGCAAUAUCUCAAAACCACAACUGCAUCCGCCUGGGAGAAAUCUGGGGAUGAACUGCGGCAGCAGAUGUUGUGGACAAUCCUGCGGCCUGUGGCGUUCUACGAUAACAUCAUGCCAGGUUUCAUUGGCCGCUCGUAUGCGGCCAUGCUACGCCAAAUGGGUGACCGGAGCAUAGCCAUGGUCGGAACCCAGGAUAUUGGCAAUGUCGCUGCACAGGCAUUCAACGAACCAGGAGAGUAUGGAAUGAAGGAAUUUUCGCUGGUUGGGGAACAGUUGACGUUUCGAGAGAUCCAGCGGAGCUUUCGAGAAGUGGUAGGAUACGAUAUACCAGAAACAUACGGUCUAUUGGUGACGAUGCUCAGGUGGGCGAUCCCGGAUUUUGGAGAUACCUGCAGAUUUGUUGAGGACGGCGGAUAUUCAUGGGACUGUACAGAUCUUGUCAAGGAGCAACGCCUGUUAGAUUUCGAAACGUGGCUGAAGGAUGAGAGCGAGUUCUGUAAAACCUGA